UGUUUACCCUACCCAAACCCUUCUUUUCGAAAAUUUUGGAGUUUUUACCUUUGCAGAUUGUUCGCCUAGUUUCGCUCAUGAUUGCAUAUCUCAACAGAAAAAUAAGAAUCUGCUACAGGUAUUGCAUUUCCUGCUGUUAUGAUCGGAGUUUUGUUUUCUGAACGGGGAUUUGUUCAAAACACCGGGAUCCAUUCUAAGCUUCAAAAGGGAUCUAAAGACUUCUGUGUCCUAUCAUCCGAAUGAUUAAUGGAAGCAAUAAUACGAUUGUGAUUCAACGAAUCGAAAGUCGUGUGUAGUUGGUGACACUUUUCAACCUAGAGGAAAGUUCAUUUUGGAUGUAGUAUUAUUCUUUCAAUGAUCAAACAACAAAGGUGAAGCAAAACUGGUAUACAGCGAGAGCAAUUUUAAAUAGAGUUGCCGCUUUUUUCGCGUCGCGAUGCCGAUGAAACUUCGAGAUGGGAAACUAUACGAAUCCCUUCCAACGUCGCGUAUGUUGCUGCGAGAUGGCAAGGUUGUUGAGGUCGAUCAGUCCAUUUUGGUAGCGAAGAAUGGCAUCAUAUUUGACAUACUUGAUCCUGACACAACGGGUCAUAGGGAUAGGGGUAGUUCGCCCAGAAAGAAUCCCCCUGGUGAUACCGAGGCGGGAAAUACCAUUCUGACUGGGAGAGAGAGAGAUAGGCCUAACUUAGCCAUGGAUGCUCCAAGGCAAAGAAGAACACGACGAUCUGAACGCCUAAAGGAAGAAAUCACUUCCGAAGUAAUCAAUAAAACAACCGAGGCCUCUUUGAUUACCAGCAAUUUCGGGCUUAUGAGAAACGAAAGCCACAUGCAACAGCAAGAAAUGGCUGUUCUGAGAAGUAAUGCCCGGAAGUCCAAGAACGAGAAGUUCGAUGGGGGCGUAACAAAAACACGAUUUUAUGAAACGAAAAAUGAGUUUAUUACAUCGACUCCUGUUAAUAGAGAUUCAUUUGUCAAUCGAAAUGUGAAUUCUGAUGCAAGUUUCGUGAUUUCUGGAAAGACAAUGACCCAUCAUGAAACAAACUCUCAUGAUGAAAUUGUUGUUAGAGAAUCUAGUUUUACUAGAAUUCAAACAAAUGCAAGUUGUAGAAACGAAUUCGAAACUACAACAGAUCAUAAAUACAUGCAGAGGAGCCCCGAGAAGAGAUGUAAUGAAAGCUUUGAAGAUAAUGUCUUCCAGGAUUUGUCAAAACCAAUUAUGUAUAGCUCACUAAUUUCUGAAGAUAUUUCAGAAGUUAGAGACCAGACAGACUUUUCCAACAUGAGGGAAAAAUCAUUUGCUGGAAAAAACCUAAAUUAUGAUUCAGGUGUGCAACUGAACCAUGCCAGAUGGAGCCAGUUCCAUGACUGGAGACGGCAAUGGUAUCUGAAUAGGUGGAGUCUAUAUGGAAAACACCAAUCAAAUCAGUGGUUCUAUAGACUGAUCUCUACAAUUUUCCACAUGUUACAACUAUUGAAAGAAACUAUAGUCUCGAGAGUUUUGAUUAUAUUUUCUGCCUUUGCUAAUAUUUGGCCUCCUAAGAGAGAGAGAAGAACAAGAGCAUCUGUUGAUAUGUAUAGCCAGGAGAAGUCGUUGACAGUUCAGAUAAAGGAAAGAUGUUGCUAUUUUAUUUGGAAGCCAACAAUUCUUCUUGUGUUAUUAGUAUUUCUUUUGUUUUGGCCAAUAAGUGAUCUGCACUUUUAUGGUACAUCAAACUUUAGUUUAGCUGAAUACAACAUGAAGAAUGCCAGGGCUAUAUUAUUUGAUGAGAAGAAAGGAAAAAACCCAGCUUGGUUGGUUUCUCCAGAAAGGCCACGUGAUUUAAGUGUCUUUGGCAAUUCAUUUCCUGCCAUUUUUUAUAUCAGGAAUCCAAAUCACCAUUCUAGCAAAAGAAAGCUUGAUAUUUUCAAGGCCUUAUCCUUGGCUGCAUAUAAUGUCAUCAUACCAGUUUCUACAGCUCCAAAAAAUAAAUUGUUGGAAGGUUGGAGGUGGACUAGUGACAAUUUCAAUAACUCAUUAAGAUUUCUAUGGGGCGAGGUUGGAGUGUCCAACAACAUGCAAGAGCUGGCAAAAGAUUUAUGUGCUGAAGGCUAUCCACCAUCUGGUGUAAUUAUUGAAUCAGAUGAAAUAAUCGACCAUACCCUGCAGGUGACACAGUUCGAAGUCUGGACGUGCAACUGCACAACAGUUCAUAACCCAGAUGGAUCUCCAUUUUCUUAUACCCAUGUCAGAUGUCCGGUCUCAUCUGAAAAUAUUCAAGCAGAUGUAAUUAACUGCUUACAGGCUUUACGAAAAUAAUGAGCAUGUAGCUGUUCUGUUUAUGUGUUCCUGAAUUUUGUGCAAGAUUGAAGUUAGUGACAGACUAUUUUUGUAACCAGAAUUGUCAUUUUAUUAACUCAUAGUUGUUUUUGCCAUUUGAGCGUUGUUUUGCUUUGUGCUAUGCCAUUACUAUUGUCUCUUUGACAUAUAAGAGGAUUUCUUCUAGCAUGUUUGGUAAAGGAAAAAUGUUCUAUUUAUCACGGGGUGUAGUUGUAGCGAAUAUUAGGCCUGUGAUUUUGAUAGGACAUUACAAAUUGUGCAGAUGAUUAGGGGGAAAAUCUAUUGGCCUAUUAAGAAUAUACGUAAUUGAAAUGUGAU